CAUCGACAAUGAGCACCUUUCGUUUUGCUGAAAGUGAUAUAGCUUUCUCUUCCCAUCAACUGAAACCACCAACAUUUCAGGUGUGCAUGCUGGGCAGCUGAAGCUGACAUCACAGCACAGCUGCUCUUCCUCAUCAAGAAAGCUGUGCUGCAGUGCAAUCAACUAUUACAUUUAGGCAAAGAUUACUUUUCAUCCCUAAAUGAUUGACGGUCAGAAACUCUGACCUUGUCUCUACAGACAGCAGAGCUGCUGCCUUCCUGUGGGUAGGAGUUCAUUUUUACCCAUCACCCCAGUUAAAUUUCACUGGGGUCUGUCUCAUUUAUAUGCCAGAACCAACACUUUGAAGCACUUUUCUUUGAUCACUUGUAGCUCAAUGGAGACACACAUUUAUGAUCAGGUCCCCCAGUUUCAGACACACUUGCACAAGCACACAGAUGACCAAUAUCUCACAGUGGUUUAACACAGUUCUGUCUGGGCUAAAGUACAGACAUCGAACGCUAUGACAGCGGAGUGUGCAGAUGAUCUCAUUACUGUCUAAAAAUGGAUAACAAAACCGAAGGAGUGCUGAAUCAUUGACAAAUACAGAGUAACAGAAUGACCUGCUUGUAUUUACCUUCAUUGAAGGAGUGGUCAGUGUGGGUAUAGCCAUGAGGCAAAAAAGACAGCUGAAGCUGAAGAGUGUGGUGAAAACAUGGUGCCGCCGCGGCCAGCAGGUUUCCAAGCAGGGAUUCGGGUAGCAGGAAGGCUUUGGGGGAUGACUGAAGCUAUCACCUUGCUAAUCCUUGCUGUCCAAACUGGCCUCAUUGAGCUGCAGGUCAUCCACAGAGCCUUCCUCCUCUCUAUCGUCCUCUUUAUUGUUGCUGCUUCCAUCCUGCAGUCCAUGCUGGAGAUAGCUGAUCCUAUAGUCCUAGCCCUGGGAGCAUCUAGAGGAGUUUGUGGAAGCACUUCCGUGCAGUUUCUCUCUGUCUCUUCCUGCUGAUCUUUCCAGCGUACAUGGCUUAUAUGAUCUGCCAGUUCUUCCACAUGGACUUCUGGCUUCUCAUCAUCAUCUCCUCCUCAAUCCUCACCUCUCUCCAGGUUGCGGUGUGCGUGGUGUGCUAUGGUGUAUCAGAGACUGUAUUUGGCGAGUGGAGUGUGAUGGGAAGCACCAUCAUCUUGGUCCACUCGUACUAUAACGUCUGGCUCAGAGCCCAGCUGGGCUGGCAGAGCUUCCUGCUCAGGAGAGAUGCUGUAAACAAGAUAAAAAGCCUCCCUACAGCUAGCAAUACACAGCUGGAGCAGUAUAAUGACAUCUGUGCUAUCUGCUUCCAGGACAUGACCAGUGCUGUGUUCACUCCGUGCAGUCAUUUCUUCCACGCUGGCUGUCUGAUGCCCUCUCUGUCGUUCACAACCAAGAGCCAAUCACCAACUAACAGUGGAGCUACCCGAGGUACACCUGCAGCCAAUCAGAACCCUGCAGGACAGGAAGAAGGCACUCUACUGGAUGACAGGAAAGAGGGAGCGUCAGUAGAGCAGGAGGGAGAUAAUGAAACUGCCACAUCAGCUGGGGAAACCUCCUCUUCCACCUCCCCCACUGGCAUGUCUGCUCCCCUGCCCAUCGUCAAACCUCCAUUAUCAUCUUCCUCUUGUUCUUCUUCUCCUCUUGCAACUGAUUCUGUGCUCCACCAGUCCCCUGCAGAUCACCCUUCUGCAUCUUCUUUCUCUACCUCUUACACAUCAGACACACCCGACGCUCCUGCAUCUCUCUGCCAUUCUGUCUCCACCUUUCACCAACCAACUUCACAGAGGUCCUUCCCCUUGAGUGUGAGGAUGUUGAAGAUAUUGAAGAUAUUGGUAGUCCUGAUGUGAAAGCAGAGCUUCCCUCCCACCUCAGCAUC